ACCUGUUGGUUGCGUAAGUCGCGUCAAAUGAAACUACAUCAUCAAAACAAGAGAAAUUCUUCCUACACAUAGGAUCAGCCCAAAACAUCCUCGUCAAUUGAUCACCUUCAUCAACAUGGUAGUCAAAAUAAUACGCAGGGCAAACUUCCACCUUACUAAAUUGCUUGUCAAUCAACAUUUGGGCAUCCACUCCUUCAGUAUAAGCCUUCAAAUCCCUUCUAAAAUUUUCAAAGUCUACAGCUGGGGAACCAAUAUUAUUAUAGCCACCGACACACUCCUUGAAUAAUUUAUAUGAUUUCAUUGCACCAAUAUUAGCUUUGGAACAAUUAAUCACAAAGUUUUGGUGGCCAAGAUCAAGCUUUCUAUUAAUUUUGAGAAAUUUUCUAGAGCUAUCAGAAGUCAUACAUGCGAUAUACCGGAAGCCCUUGUCCGUUUUCUUCUUCCUGAAGUCAGCAAGCCGAAGAUCGAGACGAAGCCCUUGUCCGUUUUCUUCUGCCACUCAUUGCCUGCGUCAGCCCGGCAACCCUUUUAGAACACUGCUACGUGCUCAAGAAGUUAUCAUGGCUACUCUCCCUUCCCAAGAACUGCUGGACGACCUUUGCAGUAGGUUUGUUUUGAAUGUUCCAAAGGAGGAUUUACAAUCUUUUGAAAGAAUUCUUUUUCUAGUGGAGCAUGCCCAUUGGUUCUACGAAGACAAUUCAGUUGAGAACGAUCCAUCCCUGAAAUCUUUCACCCUUAAGGAGUUUACUUCUCUUUUGUUCAACAGCUGUAACGUUUUCAAACCAUAUGCUGCCCAUAUAGAUGACAUCUUCGAGGACUUCAUGUCAUAUAAGAUUCGGGUUCCUGUUACAGGAGCCAUAAUCUUGGACGAAACUUAUGAGCGGUGCUUGCUAGUGAAGGGUUGGAAAGGAUCAAGCUGGAGUUUUCCUCGUGGGAAAAAGAACCAGGAUGAAGAAGAUGAUGCAUGUGCUGUUCGAGAGGUUUUGGAGGAAACUGGGUUUGAAGUGUCAAAACUUCUUAAAAAAGAAGAGUACAUUGAGAUGGUUUUUGAUGAGCAAAGGGUUCGGCUCUACAUAAUCGCCGGAGUGAAAGAUGAUACAGUCUUUGCACCGCUCACAAAAAAGGAGAUUAGUGAAAUUGCCUGGCAGCGACUUGAUGAGCUCCAGCCAGGAAUGGGUGAUGUCACGUCUCGUACUUCCAGCGGCCUCAGACUUUAUAUGGUUGCUCCGUUUUUGAAGUCUUUAAAAGCAUGGAUUUCUGCCCACCAGCCUCCGGUAGCACCUAGACCUCAUAGAUCCUUGAAAGGAUGCAGCGUGUGGAGGGCGACAGGCCGAACUAGAACAAUUUUUCAAGGGGGGCUAAAGCAUAAAGAGUGCCAUGUUUGGUGAUUAGUCGUUAGUGGUUAGUUAGUUGUAUUUACUAUUUUGACUAGCUGGUGUACUUAGCGGUUUGACCAACGGAUUGAGUUAGCUGAUUUUCUUGAAGUGUUUGGUAAAAUUAGAUGUUUGUGAUUAGUUUUGGGAAUGCAAAGAUUCAACUAAAGUAUGUAUGAAUUGCGAAACCAUGCAUUCAUGUACUAUCCUCCAUAUCUCAUUAAUUGCAACAUCGGAA